CACAGACAUUCUAAGUUACGCAACAAUCAACUUUCCAUCACCCUUUCCUUAUUUAGAAACUCCACUUAAUCACAUUUCACCCAUUUUCAUCUUCUUCUCUUUCCCUUCAAGAAGCCUGGGUACUGUGCAAGAAACCCUUAUCCCCCCCCCCCUCAAUAUUUACUUUUGUUUAGUGCUACAGCUUUCACAAAGAAGUAAGGAAAAAAUAUGGGUCGUGGAAAGAUUGAAAUCAAGAAGAUCGAAAACCCCACAAACAGGCAAGUCACCUACUCGAAGAGAAGAAAUGGUAUUUUCAAGAAAGCCCAAGAACUCACUGUUCUUUGUGAUGCUAAGGUCUCUCUUAUCAUGUUCUCCAACACUAACAAACUCAAUGAGUACAUUAGCCCCUCCACAUCGACAAAGAAGAUCUACGAUCAAUAUCAGAACGCUUUAGGCAUAGAUCUGUGGGGCACUCAAUACGAGAAAAUGCAAGAGCACUUGAGGAAGCUGAAUGAUAUCAAUCAUAAGCUGAGACAAGAAAUCAGGCAGAGGAGAGGAGAGGGCCUGAAUGAUCUGAGCAUUGAUCAUCUGCGCGGUCUUGAGCAACAUAUGACUGAAGCCUUGAAUGGUGUGCGUGGCAGGAAGUACCAUGUGAUCAAAACACAAAACGAAACCUACAGGAAGAAGGUGAAGAAUUUAGAGGAGAGACAUGGAAACCUCUUGAUGGAAUAUGAAGCAAAACUAGAGGAUCGACAGUAUGGUUUAGUGGACAAUGAAGCUGCUGUUGCACUUGCAAAUGGGGCUUCCAACCUCUAUGCAUUCCGCCUGCAUCACGGGCACAACCACCACCACCACCUCCCUAAUCUUCACCUUGGAGAUGGAUUUGGAGCCCAUGAACUUCGCCUUCCUUGAGUGGUGCUUGAGGUCGACCUUCCAGCUUCAGACAUCUUAUCUAAAUGCGUGUGCUAACUAGAGAUGCUAUCUAAUAUUAUUUAAUAAUUAAUUAAGGGCCUGGAAGUAAAAAUACUUUCAUAGAUUGUAAUUUACCUCAGGGUAAUGUGUAUGGCAGCUUAUUAGAUUGUGAUUUGAGCAAGGAAUGUCAUUCCUUAAGGAUUAGUUAAAUAUUAAAGCUUUUUUUCACAAAUAUAA